GAACCACUAAAUUCCUGGCACAAUCAUCAACUGUGAGCGAGACCAAGAAUCUAAGAUUACUGCUGGAGUAAAAGGUGGAAAAGAAAUGAUAAUCAGAAAAUGGAUGCAGUGUGGGCUUUCUAACACUCUCGAUCGCAAAGGAUUUUGGUCCACGUGUAUCCUUGGGAUAGACAUUGGUGAGCACUUGAUCGGCAUGGUGCGUAAGAGUAUACGCCAUUACUGUGAUCAGGAUAUAGAGGAGCGGUUGCAAUGGAUGGGUGUCAACAAUCUUCAAAUCUUAUCAGGAAGUCGAUGGCUUUUCUGAUUUUGUUGUGUCUUGCUCUUUUUUGAUAUGGCCUGUGUGAGCUCCAUUGGUGAUAUUGUUGACUAUGUGAUUUUCUUAUUCUUGAAUGUUUACAACGUUUUUACAUGAAUUUUGUAUAGCGGACUUAUAGCC